AUGGAAGCGAUUUCGAAUGAUAAAACGGCAUCCUAUGGCGAUUUGAAGAAUCCAGUGGGAUCGUGGCAAGAAGUUCAAGAAGGUGACGAAUAUACGCCGAGGAGCUCAGAUGCACAUUUACAGGUUCAAGAUUUUCUACACAGCGGUUCUCUAAAUGGCGAUUUCGAGCUCGAGACAAACAAGGCUCUCAUGGAGCAGCUUGAAUUGGUUUUUCAGGGCACCGCAGACUGUGUCAGUAUGCGAGUGCCCCGAUUGAGGUCUCUGGAGACCUUACGGGUGAAACUCUUGGUUUCAAGGCUUCAAAUCCGUACAUUCGUGGAAAACGAGGUCACCGCCGCGCUUGAAGUGUUCGGAAGUGACCACUCAACGGGACUUGUAAUUUCCAGCGACUCUUACCACUCAGUUAUGGUCGAAUGCCCUCUGGAUACUGCCAUUCUGCAAGCGUUGUGUCCAAGGACUGCAUGCAUGCUUUUGUCCCGAGAAUUGGUGCAUCAAAUCCGCACCGGGACUGUGCAGCUACAGGCGGUUAUUUUGGAACUGAACUCUCGUUCAGUGACUAUAAAUGGAGCAGACCCCAUGUUAGUUUUCGCGGAUCUGCAGAAAUUAGCCAACAACAGUUUUUAUCGAUGUCCUCAAAAACCACUUAGGCUGAUAACGCCGAGUGCUAUGCUAGAGGUUCAAAGGACCCAGCACAUAGUGUACAUGCCCCGAAAAUCAAAUGUCAUUACGCACACGUUGACGCUCAACAAGCCAGAGGUUACUUUCCUCAUAGGACGUCAAGGCUCCAAGAUACAGGAACUUAGACAACAAUCGGGAGCAACUGUUAAGGUAUUACCGAUAGCACUGCGAUUGACAGUGGGCCAGCUGAACAAUCCAACCUCCAUUGGUCAGCAAUUGAGCAUUACCGGAAGUAUUGAGGCCGUAACAAAAGCAGUUUGUCUCAUUGAUAGUCAAUUAUCUGCCUACCGUAUGCAAAGCGUGAGAUGA